AUGAAGAACUUCAUGGAGCAGGAAAGUAAUAUGAAGAAUCGAGAUACAGCGUACGAGCAAUCUCGAGGGUGCGGGACUCCCUCACGACCUGUGACUGCGGCUAAAAAGGUGAAGAGCUAUCUUUCAUCGCGCCUUUAUCGUCAUUCGGAUGUUCAGGAAGUAUUGAGCAGCGGGAGUGUAGUAGGUAUUGGAAGACCAGCAACACUAUGGCCGACAACGGAUAUGAGAGAAGAAGAAAAGGCCAUAGUCAGCGCCAACUCUUUUAACAAGCGCUAUUCCCCUCUGACAGAUGCUGAUGGCAAAAAGAUAGAGAAGACGAAUACUGGAAACCCAUUACCGGCACUGAGACGAAAACCUAAAUUCAAAGAAGUCUUGAGAGAAAAGCUGAGAGUUCCGACGACGUCGGCAGGAGAGGAGGAGGUCAGAGAUGAUAGAGAGACAGAUUUCCGCAAACUCCAAGCCCUACGAAAUAAAAUUCGAGAGGGUAAGUUAGAACAAGCUGUCCGUCCAGUCCAGAAUCUUUCAACUGAAAGAUCAUCAUCUCUGCCCCGUCACCCACGCACUUCCCUCUUCGAUCCACCCUUUGCCAGACAUCCGCGGCACAAGAAAGCCAACUCUACUUCCAGUAGAGUAGCAGAAUAUUUCGGGACUACCGCAGACAUUCUCGACGAGAGGCGGAGAGAACUCGCGGGUAAGUUCCGACCACCUUUUGAACACCUCAGCUAUGCCUCCUUUUCUCUCUCCCGCCGUAACUCGACGACAGAUACCUCUGGCUCCCAGACUUCCUCAGAGACUUUCUUCUGCAUAGGUGAAGAUGGUUCGUCUCUAGAGGUGAUCGAUGUUCAGGGAAAACAGGCGGAUAAUGGCGGGAGGAGAAUGAGUGGCGACGGAACUAAUCCUUGGGAGUGCGGCCCUCCCAAGCUCUGCAGACUUUGCAAAAACCAGGGGGUGAGAGGCGUUAGAGGUUUGUGCAACAAAUGUGAGAAGGAUUUCAUGGGGCCGAAAACUCUUGCUUUCGGUGCCUCGUUCUCGCCUCACUCCUAUUCUCAAAAUCACGAGAUCAAGCCAACUCCCCCGCUCAAAGAUAGAGAUAUCCUGUCAGCAAGAAAAGUCAUGACUAAAGAUAAGUCUGCCUAUCAAGUUAAUAAUGAGCAUGGAUAUGUCAGUCUGGGGGUACCGGACAGGGGUGUCUUGAAACGGGUCAACGCAGACAGAAAACCUACGGUCAUAAAACGCACUUCGCAAGAGCAGGGCUCUCGACAGACUGAGCUGAACCUUGGGGAUGUGAAUAAAGAUGAGGAGGAGGAGGAGGAGGAUGAAAAGUACCGGAGGUGGCAGACGAGGUCCACGAGAUCGGAAUAUGAGAGAGCGCGGGAGAUAACCGGGAAUUGGCCUAGUUGCCACGAGAACGGGGACUUCGACUGGUUUGAGGAGGAGUCUGACAUCACACCUCUAGUCGGAGUAGAUGCAAAAGGAAAGUAUAAUACUAUGCAGAGGCACAGUAGCUUCUACCAGUUCUGGGACGAGAUCCUGAGGGAUCAUGGGGCGAAGACCAGAGUGGAGGAUGGUAAAUAA